CGAGGUAUUCUUGUAUAAAACCAAGGGGAAAACGAGGAGCGAGUUUUCGAGUACUGAACACUCAGCGCAGUUGGAAUGGCUACGCUCCCUUUAUCACCACCAAGGACACCUCCCGAAUCAUUCUACGAAGAAGAGGUAAGCACCUCUACCAUGAAGUUGGAAAUGGAUGUUGAUUGCACCUCAGACUGUAGUCUGGACAGUGCACCCUGUACGCUGGAAAAAGGAGAUUUCGAUGCAGUACAGACACUUCUGUCCAUGAGCAAGUGGUCUCCUCAGCGUAGGAGGAACCUGUCAGCAAGUUCAAGUGAAGGAUCUGUUGUGAGUGUGCCAGAGGCUGUGAACAGCGGCGGUCGGAUCAGCCCAACUCAGACCCAGUCUCCGACACUGAUCACUGGGGACAACACACCUUUGGGUGUGACGACUCCACCACAUACCCUGCCUGAGGACAGCCCAGAUCAGAUGAAGUCCACGAGCACCCAGACGUCUGGUGGCCCGCCUCAGGCCACCCAUAGGUCGUCCCCCGUCAUGUUCACCACCACGCCCGUCAGCUCCACGUGCAGCAUGGUCGCCGUGUCAACAGUCAGCACCGCCCAUACCAUGGUGACAAGUGCAUCGGCGGCGCCCACCAUGACUUUCGCGGCCCACCCCCAGCCUGCUCCAUCCAUCCCCAGCGUCAGUGCAGCACCGCAGAUGCAGUCCCCUGGGUACCCCCUGAUGGCCAGCCGGUCCUACCAGGUGGUCACGCCACAGGGACAGGUGCAGACCAUCGCGGGCAUGCCCCUGACGGCACACGUGCAGACCCCUCUGCCCACCAUCGUCUUCAACCCACAGAACUUUGUCUCGGGACCCAAUGGCCUGAUGGUUGCUGGGCCCACACCGACGCCCAUGAUUACACCCAGCUCCGGCACAUCAUCUCCAAAAGCUCCCCGUCCCAAGUUCAGGCAGGCAACCGAACAUCGCCCCCUUGGUCACAACUACAGCAACAGUCAGCUCAGCCCCUCAGAGUGUCAGUCAACAUCUUACACCUCCCCACACCCCCACACCACCAGCAAUGGCAGGGAUGUUCCCGUCCAAUGCAGUAGUGGUUGUGAAAAACCUUUCAAGUGCACUUGGGAUGGCUGUGACAAGAGGUUUGCCCGUUCCGACGAGCUGUCACGCCACCGCAGAACACACACAGGGGAGAAGAAGUUUGAGUGUCCGAUGUGCAACCGUCGCUUCAUGAGGAGCGACCACCUGACCAAGCACGCUCGGCGCCACAUGAGCACCAAGAAAGUCCCCAACUGGCAGAUAGAAGUUAACAAGCUCAACUCCAUGGCAACAGCAAAUCAGGGACUGAUGCCUCUUGGAGUGAUUGUUUCCCCCUCUCAGUCUAUGCCUCAGGGUCUGUGAUCCCCUGUACAAACUUCUAAAGGACUAUUGUGGAUGUUUACAUCCAUGGACAUUGCAUAAGUUUAAAGAAGUAUUUGUUGAGAGAAAACGCUGAAGAUAUUUUCCAAAUGUAAUUGGCAACGGCACAAAAGUUUUUGAAACAUUUUUACUUUUUGAAACAAUGGUAGCAUGCUAACGCUGUGGUUGCUUUGAAUACCUCCAAGGAAUUGUUAAACUAGUUGCUACGAUAUUUUUCUCACCAAAAAUUGUUUGGACGAAAAAGUUUUGAGUAGCUUUUGAUACCUCUUGACAAUUUUGGCAAUGUUUGAUACAAAAUCUCAGACAACAAAUGUCCAGUUGUAAAUACACUAUGUUAAUGUAUCAUUCCCUUACAUGCUGAUAUUAGGUGGCUUCUUUGGUGGUUUUAGUCACCAAAUGUAGUAUAAAACAUUGGAGUAAUGAAAUGUUGGAAGCAGAUAUUAUCAGUUCUGUAGUAAAGCGCCUGAGUUGGAUGUAGUGUUUCAGAUGUAUUAGUUUAAGUUGUGCAGACAACAUACUUAAAACAUAGUCACAUUUCAGAUAUCUGAUGUGUGUGCCAAAAGGUCUGGUUUCCAACAAACUGAAAAAAAAUGCACUGAGCAUUGUUACGUUGAUGUACUAUAUUUACAGUCACUUAAACAAGAAUUCAUGAUAUUUUUCUAUAAAAAAAGAAAGAAAAAGGAAGUGUCCUUUAGGCACACACAGCCAUGUAUGAUAGUUAUGAGUUAGUGUGAAGCUUUCAUAGCUAUGAUUACACAUUCCUAAAUGUGCAGAAAGGGUUGUAAAGCCCUUUGCGCCUUAGAAGUUAAUGUGUUGUGAAAUGAAAUGUUGCUAUGAAAACAAAGUUGUUGAGCUAAAAUUUAGACGGAUCCUGAUUGUUCCAGUAAUCUGGUCCGUGAUUAACGCGCCCAAUUUUUUAUACAACAAUUUUGAAUCACAGCCCUUUCUGGGAGUAAUCGUUGCAGGAAAUAGUGGUUAUAUUGGUUCGUAUGUGCUCAUGUCAUGUGAUGUGCCAUACUGGCAGAAAGAAACAGUUUGAAGUCAUUUUGGAGAUAUGUGAAAAGUUAAGUUUUUGUUCGAGUUAAGUUCACAGAUGUUGUAUUUAUUUGUAUCAUGUACAAAGCAAUACUCCAAGCAGGGAGUAAAAGGCACCAUCUAUUAAAAGAUGUGCAAUCUUGUA